CCCGGCUUCCUCUACCCUCUCCCUGGACCCUGGUCACGGCCGCAGGGGACCCUCCCCCCAGUCCCUGGGGGCCGGAGGCAGAUACACGUUCACAGUAACCCGCCGGACCAGGCUCAGCACCGUGAGCGCAAAACGCGAUGGUUUGUGUAGAAGCGUGUAAGUCUGCGUCAGUAUUCCCAGUAGUCAGAAGAUGGGAGUCAUCUGUGUCCAUCAACAGAGGAAUGGAGAAACAUGGCGACCAUGGAGGACACUACAGGUGCCAGCCAGGGAGCGCGUGAGCAGAGCGGUCCAGCCAGGGGACCAGCCCAGAGUAUCGCCCCGCAGGGGCCCCAGGAAGAUCAGGGGCAGCUCCUCUAUCACGAGGAAACCAUCGAUCUCGGUGGAGACGAGUUUGGGUCAGAAGAUUCGAGUAAUUUCGUGGACAAGCUUGAUGAGCCCAUGAUGGAGAGCGUCCUCAUCUCUGACUCUCCGAACAACAGCGAGGACGAUGCAGGGGACCUGGGCUGUUUGCAGGAUGCCGUGGAGCCUGCAGAAGACAGUGCAGGUGACAGACUGGAAAGCGUCGUGGAUGAAGGAGCGCUGGGUGCUCUGAGUGAUGGCGGUGAAAGUGGUGGAGAGGACACGCCCAGAGACGUUUCAGACAUGACCCCCGACAGCGGAGCGUCGUCGAAGGAAGACCCGGAGCAAGAAGAAGUGAAAGACCUGUCCGCCUUUGAGCACGAGGGUGCAGAGGACUCAGGCCCAGGGGAUGCGAGGGCGCCCGCGGCUGGGCUGGCGUCCGGAGUGUCCCCCCGGCAGCCGUCCCCCAAGGACGAGCCGGUGCCCGUGUGCACCAUCUUCAGCCGGCCGCCGCCCGCCGGCUCCCAGCCCCUGACCCUGCGCGAUGGCUUCGAGUCCCAGAUGGUGAAGUCGCCCAGUUUCAGCGGCACCAGCGAGGCGGCCACCAGGACCCCUCCCCAGGUGGUCCAGCCGAGCCCCAGCCUGAGCAAGUUUUUUGGCGACACGAGCGGCACGAGCUCCUUGGCCUCAGACUUCUUCGAUUCCUUCACAACCGCCACCUUCAUCUCCGUCAGCAAUCCCAACGCCGGCCCCGCGGUUGCGGAAGGCCUGUCUCCGCUCACCGCGAGCCCGGUGGGGGGAAACUCCCCGGGCUCUGCCGACCCUUCCUACUCCCCAGGGACGGAAAGGUCCGAGUCCGGCAUUUCCUCAGCUUCUCUGGAAAUGCCUCAGUCUCCAAAACCCUUCUCGCAGAUCCAGGCUGUGUUUGCCGGGAGCGAGGACCCCUUUGCCACUGCCCUGAGCAUGAGCGAGAUGGACCGGAGAAACGACGCCUGGAUCCCCGGGGAGGCGACCAGGAGCGUGCUGGCUGCAGUUGCCGCCCAGCAGUGCAGCGCGGUGUUCGUGGACAGGGAGGGCCUCACCAUGCCGGGCCUCAAGUUCGACAACAUCCAGGGAGAUGCAGUUAAAGACUUAAUGCUUCGCUUCCUGGGUGAAAAAGCUGCAGCAAAGAGACAGGUCUUAAAUGCCAACUCAGUGGAACAGUCUUUUGUUGGAUUGAAACAGCUCAUUAGCUGCAAGAACUGGAGGGCAGCCGUGGACCUGUGCGGGCGGCUCCUCACGGCCCACGGCCAAGGCUACGGCAAGAGCGGGCUGCCGACCAGCCACACGGCAGACUCCCUGCAGCUCUGGUUUGUGAGGCUGGCCCUGCUGGUGAAGCUCGGCCUCUUCCAGAAUGCCGAGAUGGAGUUUGAGCCCUUCGGGAACCUGGACCAGCCGGACCUCUACUACGAGUACUACCCUCACGUGUACCCGGGGCGUCGGGGCUCCAUGGUCCCCUUCUCCAUGCGGAUCCUGCACGCGGAGCUGCAGCAGUACCUGGGGAGCCCCCAGGAGGCGCUGGACCGGCUGCACAGGGUGAAGGCCGUCUGCAGCAAGAUCCUGACAAACCUGGAGCAGGGCCUCGCCGAGGACGGGAGCAGGAGCGGCCUCGCGCAGGAGAACAGACAAGCCUCCGUGCAGCUGUGGCGGUCCCGCCUGGGCCGAGUGACGUGCUCCAUGGCCAACUGUCUGCUGCUCAUGAAGGACUACGUGCUGGCCGUGGGCGCGUACCGCUCGGCCAUCCAGUACCACCCGGAGCAGGAGCCCCAGCUCCUGAGCUGCAUCGGCCGGAUCUUCCUCCAGAUUGGAGAUAUAAAGACAGCCGAAAAGUACUUUCAAGAGGUAGAGAAAGUAACACAGAAAUUGGAUGGACUACAGGGUAAAAUAAUGGUUUUAAUGAACAGAGCUUUCCUUCACCUCGGUCAGAAUAACUUUGCUGAAGCCCAUAGGUUCUUCACAGAGGUCCUAAGGAUCGACCCAGCAAACGCAGUGGCCAACAACAAUGCGGCCGUGUGCCUGCUCUACCUGGGCCGGCUGAAGGACUCGCUGCAGCAGCUGGAGGCCAUGGUCCAGCAGGACCCCCGGCACUACCUGCACGAGAGCGUGCUCUUCAACCUGACCACCAUGUACGAGCUGGAGUCGUCGCGGAGUCUGCAGAAGAAGCAGGCCCUGCUCGAGGCCGUGGCCAGCAAGGAGGGGGACUGCUUCAACACGCAGUGCCUCAAGCUGGCCUAGGCCCGCCUGACGGCCCAGUCUGCUGUCUGUGAGCCGGCCUCCUCCCUCCGGCCAGGCCAGUCCAGCUGUUUGCACACACGGGGGGUGAAUACAGCACGGGGGGGGGGCGUCCAGGACACCUCAGCCCCUCCCAUGCAUUCCCGGAAGCUGACCUGCUUCCUGUGUUACACUGAGCCACGUAACAGAAUCCGUUCCCCCCCCCCCCCCCCGGAGGUUCUAGAGGAUUCGUAGGCGAGGGGAAGAGAGGCCACUCACCCCCCCCCAUGUCCCAGAGCUGCUCACCUGAUCCUUUUCCAGCCCGUGCGGAUCACCUCAGAUGAGCCGGGUGAAGGGUGAACGAAUCCAUCCUUCUGUGUUUUUACAUCACGGGGAGCAGGGGCGGGGCUGCGGGGGCGGGGCAGUCCAGAGAACACGGGGCCUCCUAGUGCACAGAACAGAGGGUGAGCGCUUACCGUGGGGACACGCCAGGGAGGCCACGUGUUCCCUUAGAGGCGAGGGUCAGGGCAGCUGCAGUCCUGUCUACGUGCUCACUCCUGCUCCUCAGGUGUCUCAAGUACCUGGACAUUUUUUCAGUUCACUAAAGACCUCUGGCAGAGGCCCUUUAAAGACCUAGCUCUUGGGCUUCCUAGGUGGUGCAGUGGUUAAGAAUCUGCCUGCCAAUGCAGAGGUCACGGGUUCGAUCCCAGCUCCAGGAAGAUCCCACAUGCUGCAGAGCAACUAAGCCCGUGUGCCAAAAAAAAAAAAAAAAAAGACCUAGCUCUUCUAAUACAUUUUAAAAUGGAAUUCACUUAAAAGAUUCUGACAUAAACAUUUAUUGCAUAAAGCAAAGUGAAGCUAUAUUUCUGGUCAUCGUUGUAAUAUAAAAACACAAAUGCAGCAUGUACUGGGCAGAUAGUAUCAACACAGUUGUUGAAAUACAGGUUAAUUACACAUUGAAGUAGGAGAAAAAGAUGAGACCACCGAAAGGACUGUGGGAUACCAAGGUUAUAAAAUCGUUUCUUUUCAAAAAAAAAAAAAAAAUGAGAAUGUCUUAUGUUUCAAAAGCCCCAAAAUAUGCCAUUUUCAUUUCUUCACCUUAACGGUCUUCCUUCACAUCUGGGGGGGGUUGAUGAUAAGCAAGGCUCCACCUCCACCUUUUUUUGUUUUUUUUGAUUGAUCGAUUGGCUGCACUGGGUCUUCAUUGCUGCGCGCGGGCUCUCUCUAGUUGGGUGAGCAGAGACGACCCUUCAUUGCAGUGCUCGGGCUUCUCUUUGC